GGGUGGUAGAAGGGUGAAAAUGAGCGUGGGCAUACUGAGCUAGAGAUGUUGGACUGCCCACGCAGAGGUCUACGACUAAUAAAACUUUGCCUGCAGCAAGCUGGACAUGGACUUGGAACUGGAAGUUUGCAAGCACUAUAGCUAGCUAUACCUUAGGCUUAGCUAGAUGAUCUACUAGUCUAGAUUGUGUGUUUAGAUUCUAUCACUAUUGUGUCUUUCUACAUGCUAUAGUAGAAUAGCUUAGUCAUCAUUAUCAUAUAGCAGGUAGCUACUGCCACCAGAGCUGGCCAUGCUGGUUCUCUGAUCUGACUUGCAGCACAGCUUGGUGGUUGUCUCAGUGCAGUGCAGUACAGUACAGUCUUACUCUGAAUGCGUGGGAGAAUACCUUACGUCACGAUUGUGGGCUACAUAUCGCCCACGUUCAUAAAAAUCCUUGUGGAUCACGCGAUUUCCCAAACCAGGCCUUACUUUUUCUUAACUGUACGCCCAUUUCUUUCCUUGCUGCCUCACUAUGUCUUGUUUAUGGAUGAACAGUGACAACAGCAAGAAAAAGUAAGGCCUGGGAACGAGGCUACCUUCCUUUCUAGUUUUUGUGGCAGCGCAUAGGUUCUGGUGGGUGAUAAAAACUCUGGCGAUGGUGUGUUGGUGAGUGUGUGCUCUACUGGGCGACUGGUAGCGUGUGUCUCCCCAAACUAUCAAGCCCAGUUCAUCAACGGAGAGAUUGAGUCCGGUGUCCAAUCAGAUGACAGCCCUUCCUUCCUCUACACCAAUGCCUUCCAAGGGUUACUGGAUAUUGCCCGGGAACCAAUGAGCACCAAACCAAGACCCCAGGCCACUGCUGUUCUAGUUCUCCCCAUUGCUUUCUCCAUCAAAUCUGGGACAGUUCAACGAUCAAGUGUGGUCUUGGUUGGUUUCUCUGAUGGCUACAUACGAAGCUACUCAAUGUCUGGCCAGCGAGUGAUGUCUCAACUAUUGCACCCUGAGGCUGUAAAGAGACUGAGUUGCAUGGCAACAAUCCCCACACAGAGGAGCUCCCCCAGUCAGUGUAACGUGGUAGUCUCGUAUCCAGAGCACGUGUGCGUGGUGGAUGGUGGGAGCCUGGUCAACGUUAUCAAGACCUAUGUGGAGAACAAGUCAACAGAGGCUGAGGGGGAGGAGGUGUCUGUGAGUCACAAGAAAUGGCGGCUCCGUGAUCAGACUUCAACUAUUGAUGUUGUAUUACUGGGUCACUCGACCCCCACAGCUUUUGACCACCUCUGUGAAGCUAGCAGCGUUGGUGGCUUUGAGACCACACUCCGCUCCACGCCCACCCCUGAGGCACACCUUAUCACAGUUGGGGAAUCCCCCAUGAUCGCUCUCUACAAGAUCACAAAGGACGCUGGUCACCUGAACAUGUCUGAGGUAGUACACGCUGUUGCCUCCAAGGUGUCCAAUGCUGUGCUGGGGAAAAUAUCACAGGCUAGCGGCUGGCUACGGUGGUCCAAGAGUUCUAAUCCUGCCCCCAAACCUCCGGCCAAGAAGGAAAAGGUCCAACUCUCCACCAACCUCCCUAUGACAACCAACGUGCCAGACAGUCGACGCUCUGUGCUCAGUAUCACCGUCUCCCCUCAGGGCAAUCUGGCUGCCCUCGUGGACUGCUUUGGACGAGUGCUCCUGUUGGAGUGUGAGGGGCUUGUGGUUAGGAGAAUGUGGAAAGGUUACCGAGACGCUCAGUGUGGGUGGUUGCUGGUCCACGACACGCCCAGUACAGGGCGUGGCAAGAGGAAGAGAACCCCCACAGUCUCACCACACACAAAGAAGGCUCAGUGUCUCUGCAUCUAUGCACCGCGUAGAGGAAUUGUGGAGCUGUGGCCGGUUCAGUCCGGCAGUAGAGUGGCCGUGUUUCAAGUGGGGAAGGACUGUCAGCUGCUCUAUUCACCACAUGGCACUUUCACCUUCAACCUUGAUGAAGAAGGGGGUGCGGUCAGUAAGGAAAGGAAGGCUAUACACAACGAGAGAGGGAUACGGGAGACAGUGCUCCUCCUGUGUCCGGAUGGGCAACUGGUGACCUUUGGAGUACCCUUCCCACUGCUGACACGACUGGGUGAUCCGACCUCAUUCGAUGCUCACCUAAUGAAGAAGCUCCCUCAGGCUAUACAGGCUGGUGACUCAGAUCUUCUAGUGCAAGUUUUCUCUGGUCUCAAGUCGUCCCAGAGCAUGAAGCAAGCUGUGGAUAUUCUAAUCGGAGCCCAGCACACUCAGUAUAUUUCCUAUGACGUCAUAGUGAAGAUGUUACAAGUGGCGUUGGAGAGAAUCGAUAGAGCAGACCUAGCAGUGUACCCUCUGUUUCGGUACGUGACUGGAGUGAGGCAGGCCACUGAGCUGUUGCAGGGGGUGGAGGAACUGGCCAGCACUCAAGACACACCCUCCACAAGCAAGCUGGAUGAGUCACUACGGACCCUGUGUGACAUUCCCCUAGACAGAGCUGGGACUAUCUCUUCCUGUCUUCAAAAUUACUUCUCUGGCCUGUCCCAAAGAAAAACUGUUAUUAAAAGCGUUGAUCUAAAGGCGUUUGUGAAAUGUUUCGAACUUCCCUCAAAAGUAGGUAAUGUUUUGCUCGGUUCUAGUAAUCCAAUGGGAAGUGAGGAAGGAGGUCGUGUGACCAGGAGCUUGUCUCGCACUUACUCCUCUCAGCCCCUGAGACUGAGUCUGAAAGAGGGACUAGCGACAUCCACACUGCUGGAUAUCGGUUCCACGUUAUUUCUGAAACUACUGACUACUGACGUGGCCGAUUACUCUCUCUCCACUCUGUACCAGUCUUGUGGAGUGGUGCCAAGGGACUUGUUGUCACUGCUGUGUCUGGUGUGUGUGAACGGAGUAGCUAGUGAGAGAAGUCCAACUGAACUAUUGAAGAGACAACACAAGCUGCUAACACUCAUCUGUGCACUUCCCAGCUCAGAAAUCAGUCCAAACUCCUCAGUCAUAAAGGGUGAAGAGCCCCGCCCUGAUUUGUGGUGGGCAGUGCUGCAGCUGUGCUCCGAGAGCAGUCAAGUGGGCCACGCCCUACUGGUGGCUCUAGUCUGUCAGAAGUUUGUCUCAGCCUCCACUAACGAGGACAUGGAGUCUGGAAACCAGGAUUGGGAGUCAUGGGAACCAGUCUCGUCUGAGAAGGAGCGUUGGAUCACCCUUACUCACCAGCUGGAGGUCCUCACCUUUGUCUCAAAUCUGAUUGGACGUGACUCCCUGGCACACCUCCCCCCAGCCCCGUACGCCUUCUCUAAUGAUGAUGACAAAAGGGUUAUUGAAUUAAGCAACCUUCUGCCUUUUAAUAGUGAGGAGGGAGCGAUGUGUGCCGGUAGUCUGGGGAAGUACGGCCCCGGGCUUAUCGCUCACUGUCUGGCCAAGUGGCUAGUGACCAAUCAUAUACCAGCCGAGUUUGUUGCUAUAAUACCAUCUGAUCCACAUGACAACAAUGAUCCAAAAUACUCACGACUGGUGUUUCAACUGAGCCCCCUACUGAAGCUGCUCCCCUGCACACUAUCACACCCGGCCCUCCUUAUACACUGUGCCUGGCAGGGGGUCCACUGCUCUAUGCAGGGGGUCAUUGUCGAGCCAGCUGUCACUCUGGAAUAUCUCAGUCUUAUAUCAACGAGGAGUGCUUUAGCAGGAUUGGUUGGAGUCCUUUGGCACUGUGUGUACGAGAACCAAGUGAACCGAAUCAUAGAGAAUUUGAAGAGGGGAGGAGUAGUUGAUGAUCAGUCCAAGGCCACCCUCUCUGUGUGUAGAAACAUCUUCUCUUGGCUGUAUAAGGUGAAUUGUCAUGGUGGUGAGCUUGGUACGGAGGAGGAGAGCGAGUCUGUACAGGGAGACCUUAUACCACUAGCAACCCCCCCGGGAAUGUCUGACCUGAUGGACGUGGUCCAACGGUUUCCUCCCCUACCCCCCACAGUCACAAAGACCUACCUAGAGCUGCUGUUACUCGCUGAGCUGUCAGCUGCCUCACCUCACACACUCACACUUACCACCUUCUUCCCAACAUGGCUGAGAGGGGCACUCAAGAAGGGAGCUUACAAGAGCGCAUGGCAGGAGCAAAUCCCUGUGCAGCUGAAACAAAAAAGAACUAAGUGUCUGUGUGAAGCGGUGGUGGUGUACCUCUCCCCCACUAGCCCACCCCCUGUACCCCCCACCCUGGCUAGCCACGCCCUCUCUCAGUUACCCCCUACUGGCUCGGCCCUCAGCUUGGAAGUGGCUAGUCACAGAGACAUUGUGUUCCUACUGGUAGACUUGUGGCAGCUGGACAGUGACGCAGUGAGGAAGCAAUGGGUGACCGGAUUCUUUGCAGCUGGACUGGCCGAGAAUGGAAGCGAGGUGUUCAUGGGCAUCGAGGACAAGAGUCGUGUGAGCCAAGAGUUGGUGCCGUUCAGUGGACAACUGUGUGACCACCUCCUACAGAGGGUGAACAGUAAGAGCCGACAGCUGGCUCUCAUGGCUCAGGUCUCUCCCAGCCUUCUGGAAUACCUCAGAAACCAAGGAAAACGGCCACUUCCGAGUGUGUGUACAAAAGUGGAGCCAUCAUGGACGUGUGUUUCAAAACUGUUAUCGCUCCUUCAGCCCUAUGUGGCAGCCAAGACGUCAGUAGCCUCUAUUCUAACUGCGCUAGCACAGCUUGUUAAAAAAUGUUCAGUUGACUCAUAGCAAAGUAGAUACAUGUAGACGUGUCUUUUUUCUUUUCUACUGAUUGAAUCAGCAUUGUGUAUGAAUUUUGUCUAGGAAAA